CAUCUGUUUGACACCAAGUUCAACUUUGCCCAGUGCGACAACCAGAGACACAUCGCCUGUCUUUCGGUACGAUAAAAAAACACGACCUUUUAACGGAUAUUGUCAAGAAAUAUGGGGCUUUUUAAACGCAUUCUUUCGCUUGGAAGCAAGAAGAGCAAGAAGAAACGGCCAGAGAUAGUUCACAACGUCGCGGUAGACGAAGUGGGCUGUCGUCCGCAGGCAUCCACUGACGACACAGAGGUCGCCGUGAACCUUCUUCUACGCUCAUCUUCAUCUAGAUAUGCCGUCGUUUCGGAGAUGGAUUGCACAUCUCUUCCACCCCUUCCUCACCCCAUCAAUGAGGUCUUGAUGACCCCCUCAGCAUCUACAUCGAGCCUUGAGAGUACGAACCUAUCACGCAGAGGAACCUACAGUGUCAAGGUUCACCCUCGUGAACAGCACACACCCCGCCAACAUCAAAUUUGCCAGGAGAAUAAGUCUACACCGAGGGCCCUUCUGCAUGACACAGACGCCGAUUUUAGUCAGCUUACUCGGCUUCGCAGAGAUCCGUCGGUCGCUAGUUUGUUAAAUAUGUAUGAUGAGCAUGGACAUUUACCUCCUCAAGCUUUCUCAGAUAGCCCUGAGAAACAGGGACGUGCUCAAACGAAACGAAGCGGUUCUACUCUGCGGCAGCUACUCGGCGACCCGAGUAAGACGGAUGUUAAUGCUACAGAGGGUGAUAUUUCUUGGGCCGAGCGGUAUUUGAGGGAAGGAAGUAGUGCAGCCACUUCGAUGUCCUCGCUCAUCCUUCGGACCCCAGAUAAUCCAGACUACCAGGUCUCUGAAACACACAAUCUUUUGAUACAUGAUAACGUUCAGCACGACACCACGAUCUCUUCAGACCACGAUCUUUCCUCAUACUAUCUAAACCCUGCAAUAUCCUCUAUGGAGGUCGAGCUCAGUGUGGGCUCAGAGUUGAACCAUGCAGAAACCGAUAAGACAAUAUAUCAAAACAGCGACCCUAGAACCCCUUCACGAGCUUCUCAAAUUUUUGGAUUUCUCACCGAGAAACGUCGGUCUCAAGCACCGCAGGAUUGCGAUCGGUCUCUGCCUGACCCACCCAGUGCAUUCAGCUCCCCAUCUCAGACUGCACAUGAGAAUGCUGGGAACGGUCCAUAUCUAGACCAAGAUCCGAAAACCCCCUUUAGGGCCUCACAAGUCUUCAGAUUUUUCACGGAGCGCCGCGGAUCUCGUCCACCAGAAGACUGCGAAAGGUCUCUACCUGAUUUGCCGAGUGUCUUCAGCUCUCCGUCCGACAAGGACUCUACCGAAAGUUCCACUUCACGUUCUCCAUCCGAUCGCUCUUCAUGCAAUGCAAUGCCGCUUAUUCCUGCGACACCCACCCCUACCGCAACUCUCAGUAACCUCGGACACCAUCGCUCCCAUGCCAUUUCUUGUGAAUUAUCUGAACCAGACUCCAAGACUCAGAAGUAUGCAUCACAGAUUUUGCCUCGAGCCCAUUCCCCUUUCGAGACAGGAUCAACGACCUGCAUUGGCAGUCAUGGCGGAGUUAUAUCUCUCGCUGAGCAGCCAGGUGAUACCAGUGACGACGUAACUGAGCUCAUACAAGUUCGUAAAGUCAAGGUUAUAAUGACCGUGCCCACCAAAGUCAUUGUGACUGCACCUACCCCUUCGAACAACCCGGAACAUAAUAAACUUCCCACUCGCAUUCCAAGAGGUCCUCGCUCGCUACAAAAGCGUUCUACUCGUAAUGGCUUGAAGGAGUAUCGACCCAGUCUAUUGGAUCGUUCCAAUUCGAGGUCUACGGUACAGAUCACGGAUCCGUUUACGCCCACAAUAUCACAUCCCCGCAAACUGCAUCGCACAUCUUCCUCGACUUCUUUAAAUUCUACCGAUCGUCAUAACUCGGAACCCCUCAAGUAUAGAAAGUCGACGACGUCUGGGUUAAGGGAGGCAUUGCAAAAGGAAAAUAACCUGGGUCUUUGUGUUAAGAAUAACCUUCCAUUUACCCCAAUACGCUCCAAUUCUUCGCGAUCUUCGCUAUUUCGAACUGUUGUAACGCCCUCGUCGUUCAGGCCGCCUCCUGGGGCGAUUCCUUCUCCGGCUUCCUCUUCAGAAUUGUCUCCGGUAGGCAGACAGAUGAUGAUAGAUGCCCGAAACUCGAAGCAAAAACCGAACCACCGGGUAGAAAAGGAUUGCAGCAGGAGAAAGACUCCAAAACGAAGUGCUAAUGCGGUCUGAAUUACGGGUGAAAAUGGACGCUGUUUCUUCUCGUGUUCCGAUAAAUAUCUCAUUUCAGAGCUAUGAUUAUGACCAAGUUCUCAGUCAUUUGUUCUUCCACUCCUUAUAUCAUUAUCCUGUGUACUUAUAUGGAUACCAAUUGAAGAACGGUCUCAGUCGGUCUCGCUCAAUGCUAGUUACCAAUCGAUGCAAUAUACAUAAGGACAAGCAGA